CCUCCUCAAAAAAAGAAAAAAAAAAAAACGAAGAGCAAAUGAAAAUGAAAGGAACCGGCUAUGAGAGCGCCACGAAGUUGAAGAAACAUUUGUUGGCACGAUGAAAGAAUGGAUUUGUGGGUCUUGAAUCAAUCGGAAAUUGGGAAUUGAAGAGCGAGACAGAGAGAGAUGGGUGAUCACUACUCGAUAUUGGGUCUGACAAGGAAUGCGAGCAAAGAAGAAAUUAAAGAGGCGUUCAGGAAGCUGGCGGUGAAGCUGCACCCAGACAAGCAUUCCCAUUCUUCUAAGGCGGUGAGGGAUACCGCCACCCUCCGAUUCAAGCAGGCCUCCGAAGCCUAUCAGGUCCUCAUCGACGAUCGCAAGCGCGCCGACUACAAUUUCCGAACCUCAUCCGCAUCCUAUUCCCGAACCUCCUCCUCCUCCUCCGGUUACGGUUACGGUUAUAGUAGAAAUAACCGCAAUUAUGCUUCUGCUUCUAGACCCUCCAGCUUUGACAGUCUGCUUCGCUAUGUCACCACGCGUGCCUUCCUUCUCAACGUCUCCGUUGCAGGAUGGAUUUUAUGCAGGGCUCUAUUAGGUGGCGUGGGCGUCGUUAAUAUGGGAUGGGAUGCCUUAUGGAAGAUACGUAAUUCUGGGAAAUCAUUUGAAGAAGCGAUGGAAUCUGUUGAAAAGGCCAAAGCACAUAAAGAGAAGCUGUAGGAGGUGGUCACUGUGUUUGCCCUCUGCUAAUCAUAUCUGAAUGCCUCUAGGUCAGAUCAACACAUAUAUGUGCACAUAGAAACAUAGAGUUCUUAUUAGUUUAUGAAGAUAGAGUAUGUCACUGAUAAAUCACUUGUAUACCUUACUAUCAUUUGAUUCAUUAUUGUUUUUUUUUUUCCCAGUUUGUAAAUAUUUUUUGUUUCUUUUCUUAUAAUGAAUAAUGUAUCUUGUUCAUGAUGAAAGAUUACAAUACUUAAAGACUUCA